GCGGCGGCGGCUGUCACACUAACAGCAGCAGGAGGACGUGCCGCCCGCCCAGUGCUUCUGGGUGGCUCAGAUCUGCUCUGUGGAGGCCUGCGGGUGGAGAGGUGGAUGCUGCUCGCCCUGGUCCCAGCCAAAACUGGGCACCAGGUGACCUUUGGCCAUUUCCAAAUACCAGACAUAUCCUCGAAGGAUGAAAACCUGCCUUCACAGAGGUUGAUUGGAAGGUUCUCUCGCAACCUUGGGCAGGCUGCCGAGAAGAAUCUGAAGGAUGACUGAGCUGUGGUGGGCGGAGGAAGGAGCCCACAGCUCCCUGACGUGAUCGCGCGGCUGGCCAGCCGGCAUUUGGAUCGAGGGCCCUGCCCUCCUGCUCGGCCAUGUCUGAGGGCGAGAGCAAGGACAGCUCGGGCAGCGAGUGCCCCGUGUGCUAUGAGAAGUUCCGAGAGCUGCAGGGCGCCAGCCGGACGCUGAGCUGCGGCCACGUGUUCUGCCAUGACUGCCUGGUCAAGUACCUCCUGUCCACGCGCGUGGAUGGCCAGGUCCAGAGGACCAUUGUCUGCCCCAUCUGCCGCUACGUCACCUUCCUCAGCAGGAAGAGCUCCCGCUGGCCCGCCAAGCUGGACAAGAGCUCCCAGAUCCUGGCCGUGCCCGUGGGCCUGCCCCCGUCACCACUGCCAGAUGCCCUGGGCCACGCCAACCCCCUGGCUCUCUCCCAGCCCGUCUGGAGAUCAUCCCCAGGCCAAGGUGGCCAGCUGCCCUUGGACCCGCCGCCCGGCCUGCCCCGGGAGCCACAGAUCUUCAUCAUCAGCCGUCAUGGGAUGCCCCUUGGGGAACAGGACAGCGUCCUGCCGCGGCGCAGCCUGGCAGAGCUCUCCGGGGCCUCCCCGGCGCCCAGCUCCACCCGGUCCUUCUGCUGCCGCUCCCGGGCCCUGCUGCUCAUCACCCUCAUAGCCGUGGUGGCUGUGGUGGCCGCCAUCCUCCCCUGGGUGCUGCUGGUGAGGAAGCAGGCGUGA